AUGGGGCCACCAAUAUCCAGGAAUUUGCACAGAACCACCAAAAAGGCACCGUCAAAGGGACCUUCCAAACCACCCAAAGCAAAAGCGCCCGUGGCUGCGGCCGAAAUUGCACCAUCUUCAACUCUACCAAUCGACCUGCUGCAACUUCUGCUCAAUGUCUUCAAGAACUCUUUUCCAGACAGAUUAUCUUCAGAUAUUAAGCCGCUCCUCCAAGAAGUGAAGGGUCAUCUUUAUAACCGCGACUUUGCAACCGCAUUCGGCAAGGAAGAGUACCUGGAGGCGUACGCACUGCGUUGGUCACCUAGUCGCGCGCUAUGCUAUCUGCAGAUCUUCGAAGAUCUGAAAGACGAAUUGAAUCCUUUCCACAGCGUAUCUGAAGAGACAGAGGAUGCGGAGUGGGACGUUGUAUGCCUGGGAGGAGGUGCGGGCGCCGAAAUCGUGACUCUGGGCGGACUGAUGAAACUUCUCGAACCGGUGAAUGAAGAGCACGGCGCUGAGGCGAAUAUCACUGCAAUCGAUAUCGCAGACUGGUCGAACGUAGUAACGAGAUUAAGAGACGGCGUUGUGAAUAAGCCUCUGCUAUCGAAAUAUGCAUCUGCGGCCGCACAAGAAGCGAACAAGGCAUUGACAGAUCCCGCCUGCUUCAGCGUCGCCUUUCACCAACACGAUAUCCUAAACACGCCGCUGGAUAUCCUUUCGAAAUUGGUGGGGAAAGCAGAUCUAGUCACGCUCUUGUUCACGCUUAACGAACUGUACACCACCUCGCUCUCCCUCACGCAGAAAUUCUUACUCAGCCUAACAACAAGUUUGUCAGCAGGAGCACUACUACUUGUCGUAGACAGUCCGGGGAGCUACUCGACUGUGAGCUUGAAUGGCACAGAAAAGAAAUAUCCUAUGCAGUGGCUCCUAGACCACACAUUGCUCGACACAGGAUCCAAAGCGCAAGACUCCCCAAAAUGGGAGAAGAUCAAAGAAGAAGAAAGCAAGUGGUUCCGCCUUCCUGAUACGCUCCGCUACCCGAUCGAGCUGGAGAACAUGCGGUACCAACUGCACCUUUACCGCCGCUGUGGAUGA